CAAAUCUACUCUCCACGUUUUUUUUUUUUUUAGCCACAAUAGCAAAAACAAUGAACCCGACCGGGGAGAGUUUUUCUCCUGCUAAGGAGUCCUCCAGUGCUACAUUGUCCAGCUACUCGGGCUGCAUGAGUCUCCUGCUCAGGCUCCUGUCCGACGUCGUGGGAGAGCUCAAAUUAGGUGACGGCGUUUUGAGAAUGGACAUCAACAUGGACGCCGUGAGUCCUCAGUCGUCGGACGCCACUCACGCUUACGACUGUCUACAGCGGCACAUCACAAAGUUACAGGCCGUGUGCGAGAGCCUCAAAACGCUGGCGGAAUCUCAGAGUCGCGCGUCACCCGAGACCAAGAAGGAAACGCCGCGUGACGCCGCGUCUUCGUCUGCCCUCCGACUCCCCACGCCGCCGCCGCCUCCGCCUCCCGGCGCAGCCGAUGACGUCUUGGUGCAAAUCCGCGCCGGCAACUCGGAGAUCGAGCGCAGGAUAUCUGCAUUUAUGGAGCGCAAGCAGAUGGAGAUCAAUGAAAACAACGUGCGCGAGUUUUGCAACGUGAUCGACUGCAAUCAGGCACAGGACAGCUGCGCCAGAACCGACGCCGUGUUCACGCCGUACCCCGGCUUGAAAAGCCACGUGAAAGUCAUACGAGUGGUGAACACACACGGGCCUCAGACCCGAACGGGAACCCAAGGAGAAGCCGGAGAUCAGGCGCGAGUACGCCCGGCCACGCAAGACUGCGGUAACUCGGCCAUCGAGGAGCGCCUCAACAACAUCGAAACUCACCUCCGACUGCCCACAGCGGGCCCGGUUCCCGUCAGCGUCUACCAGAGGCUAAAGAAACUGGAGGACCGCAUCCUGCAGUUGGAGGGACUCUCGCCGGAGUACUUCCAGUCAACGAACCUCGCGCACAAGAGACCCAAGACGUCGCCCGCUCAGGCCUGCAGCCUGACCGAACUGGAUGAGAAGAUUAGCGCCGUCAAAGCAGCCCUGCUGAAGAAGGCCGGCGAAUUUGGCCGCGUCUACAGACCCGAUUAUCCUCUCUGAGCUAAUUCGGCCCAACCGUAAAGUCGAGCGUGGAGAUGCGUGGACGCCACAGGUCUCGGGCUGACGCCGAAAAGCGAUGACGAGGAAACGGCGCCCGUUUUUUUGUCCCGGCCAUUUCCGUGACAAAUACAUUUGGGACAGAAACCCGAAAAGGCUCCUGUGGGCUCAUUUUUGCUGGAAUUUUUUUGAGUGCAACGCUCGCCUGUGAAAAUAAAAGUUGAUUUAGCGCUUGAAACAUUGCAC